AUGGACAGUGGGGUGCAUAUAGAAGCUACAGUAACCAGAUCAGUUGUCUCUCCAACCCACAUCAAUGCUACAGCUUCUGAAACAGCCACAGUCCUGAAGCAGAGGAUGAGGAUCGUUGAGGAACAGACCAGUUCUUUGAGGGAUGACCUAAUAAUGUUGGACUUUGGUGCAAAAAGAAACCAGCUUGAAACCCCAAAGUGUUCAGAAGCACCUGAGAACCAGAACAUCACUAGUGCUAUCCAGAGUGAAGUAACUUGUUCAGGAAAAACGGAUAUUUUAUGGAAGAACUGUGAGUUUCUGGUAAAUCGAAUGUGCCACCUGGAAGGCCUCAUCCAGUCCUUGAGGAUGAACAUCUUUUGUCUGCAAACGGAGAGAGAUAUGAAUCCAGAGAAAGCAGCUUUUCUGAAGGACCGACUAAACACAAUACAGGAAGAACAUUCCCAGGACCUGAAGCUGUUGCAUCUCGAAGUGCUGAAUUUGCGCCAGCAACUGAGAGACGUGAAAGAGGAAGAAGACAAGGCCCAGGACGAAGUGCAGCGGCUGACUGCCACUCUGGAGAUGGCCUCAGAGACAAAGAAGAAUGCAGCCAUUAUGGAAGAGGAGCUGAAGACCACAAAGCGUAAAAUGAACCUUAAAGUUCAGGAGCUGCGGAGACAGCUGUCUCAGGAAAAGUGUCUGAGGAAUUCUCUUGAGAACUCUGGAUCGGCCAUGCUGCUCAAAAUACAAGCGAUGGGGACAGCAGUGGAGGCGGAACGCAAGCAGGUACAAAUUUUGAAGCAAAACUGCCUGUCCCUGCGCAGUUCUAUACAGAACACCCAAGAAUUACUGACAGAGGAGCAACAAAAGAAAGGAGAGCUGGAGGCUGCUGUCUUACAGCUCAAGUCUGACCUAAUUUCUAGAGAUGACCUCAUUUCCAAGCUGGUUGAAGAAAAUAAGAUCGUGCAGAUGUCUCUCAACAAGGAACAUGAGAAAAAUGCGUAUUUGCGGUCUGAAAUAAUAUCCCUUCAUGAAGCAUCAGAGAAAGUACAGGUAGAGCAGAAAAGGGUGACACAGACUUUUCAAGAACAACACUUACUGCUGGAUGCAGCCCAUGCCAGUAUCACAAGUGAGCUGCAGAAUCUUAAGAAUGAGAAAACUCAACUCCAGGCACAUCUAGACCAUUUGAUGCUUGAGCAUAACCAGUGUACCCAGAAGGCCCAGGAUGCUGAGAAGAGGACAGCGGUGCAGAAAGAGCUGCUGGAGUCAACUAUCGUGAGGCUGCGCGGGGAGCUGAAAGCGUCGCUGCAGGAGAAGACCGCUCUGCUGGGGGAGAAGGAGAGCCUGCAGAGAGAGGUGAAUAAAGCCGAGCAAGACCUAGCACAAGAAAAAUGCAAUUUGGAAAAGGAAUUAGCUAAAUACAAGGUAGAUGUAAACACAUUAACCCUCAGCCUGCAGGCUCUGGAGGCAAAGAAUAAGGACCUGGCUGAUCAGUUGGCUUACCUGAAGCUUCAGCAAGAGGAGGCUGACUACCAUGGGAUUGCCCGACAGAAGGUGGAAAAUGCCUUGGGAAAAAUUACUCAGAGUAAAAAUAAGCUGGCCUAUGAAAAGGGAAAACUCCAGAUAAAAGUGAAACAGCUGGAAGAGCAGCUCCAUUCUUUCACUGAAACGAGCUCACAGAAUGACCAACUGCGCAAGUUGAACAAGGCUCUGGAGGACAAAUAUACUCAGGUAAAGUCCAUCCUGGAAAAGAACGAAGAGGAGCUCUCGCAGGUGGUGAAGUGUCGCGAUGCGGCGCUGAAGGAGAGCCAGAAGCUGAAAGGGAACCUGGAGGCCCUGGAGGACAGGGAGAGCAAGAAGAUGGGGACCUUUCAGCGGCAGCUGGCAGAAGCGAAAGAAGACAACUGCAAAGUGACAGUCAUGCUGGAGAACGUGCUGGCUUCUCACAGCAAGAUGCAAGGCGCUCUGGAGAAGGUGCAGAUGGAGCUUGGGCGGAGGGACUCGGAGAUCGCAGGCCUCAAGAAAGAAAGGGCUCUCAACCAGCAGAGGGUGCAGAAGCUGGAGGCGGAAGUGGACCAGUGGCAGGCCCGCAUGCUGGUGGUGGACGCCCAGCACAACAGUGAGAUGGAGCCCCUGCAGAAGGCUCUGGAUGUCUCGAGAGAAGACAACAGGAAACUGGCGAUGAGCCUGGAGCAAGCGCUCCAGACAAACGGCCACCUGCAAGCAAAGCUUGACCACAUCCAAGAGAGACUGGACUGCAAAGAACUUGAGCGGCAGGACUUGGAAUCCUGCAAAGCACGCAUGACCGAGGAAUCUAAGAUGGAAGCAGAGCUGCAUGCUGAGCACAUGGAAUCUCUGAGAAAGCAGUUUCAGACGGAGAGAGAGACCGCCAAGAAGGCGAGCCAGCGGGAGGUGGCCGAGCUGAGGAGAGCCCUGGAGGACGCCAACUGCAGGUCCGUGGAGGUGUCGCGCACCAACCGGGAUCUGCGGCAGAAGCUCACCGACAUGGAGAAGCUGCUGGCCAGCAGCAAGGAGAAGAUCAAGAACCAGAAGGCCCAAAUCAAGCUCCACUUGUCGGCCAAGGCGAAUGCUGCUCAGAACGUGGAGAGGAUGAAGCAAAUAGAAAUGGAAUUGAGGCAAAUGGAGCUAAUUAAGGAUCAGUACCAGAAGAAGAACUAUGAGCAGUCGUUGAGCAUCCAGAGAUUUGUGUCUGAAAUGACGAACCUGCAGAAGGAGAUGCAGCUGCUGGCCAAGAGCCAGUACGACACCUCGGCGCGGAACAAGCAGCAGGAGCUGCGCCUGGAGGCGGAGCGGAAACUGAGGCAGGAGCUGGAGCGCCGAUGCCAGGAGUUGGAGGAAACAGUCAGACACCUGAAGAAAUGUAAGGAGGUGACGGAGAGUAAACUGAAAGAAGCCAGUGUGGAAUCGGAACAGAUAACAGCCAACCUGGAAGAGGCUCACCGCUGGUUUAAGUGCAGGUUCGACGGCCUGCAGCUGGAGCUGACAAAAAACCGGCUGCAGAGGCUCCCCCAGGAGAGCAGGUGCUGGGAAGAGGACCAAGACCAGAGGCACGACGCCAUCGCCACCCAGUCUGUCCUGCACCGGUGGGAGAACAAACAGAACCUUCGGCUUAUGCCCAAGAAGUACCAUCCUGAGCUGGAGAGGAAGUGA